GGUUCUGCCUUUGCUUUUCAGUGCCUCAACACAGGGACUGUAACUACCACUAUUCCCCAGACUCUCGCUCCCAACUCCAGCUCCGGCAGCUGCACCCCAAGUCCCCAUUGAGAGAGGAGCUGACCCAUCAAGAAAGCCAGGAACCUACUUGUUAACCAGACACACUUCCUCUACCUAUAAGGGGCGGAGAAGGGAUUUUUUUUCUUUUAUCUUCCCCCCCCCUUGAUUUUGAUUUAAAUUGGACUUCUCAGGGGACCUGUUGACUUGGAACGUGCGAGAGGAUGAAGGGGCCGUGGCUGGUUCUGGCAGCUCUGUGCCUCGCCCUGGCAAACCUGGGUGCCUGGGCAGAGGACGGGCUAGAUUUUCCCGAGUAUGAUGGAGAGGACAGAGUAAUCCACAUCAGCCUAAAAAACUACAAGGCCGCCCUGAAAAAGUAUGACGUUUUAGCCUUGCUGUACCAUGAACCAAUUGAGGAUGACAAGGCUUCACAAAGGCAAUUUGAGAUGGAGGAGCUGAUCUUUGAGUUAGCUGCCCAAGUCCUGGAAGAUAAGGGUGUGGGAUUUGGCUUAGUCGACUCUGAGAAAGAUGCUGCUGUGGCCAAAAAAUUAGGACUGGAUGAAGAAGACAGCAUCUACGUAUUCAAAGAUGACGAGAUUAUCGAGUAUGAUGGGGAAUUUUGUGCAGAUACUUUGGUGGAAUUCUUGUUGGAUGUGCUUGAGGACCCUAUAGAGUUUAUUGAGGGAAGUCAUGAACUUGCUGCAUUCGAAAACAUUGACGAGGAACAAAAGCUCAUUGGAUACUUCAAAAAUGAAGACUCUGAACAUUACAAGGCCUACUUAGAUGCAGCAGAGGAAUUCCACCCCUACAUCCCCUUCUUUGCUACUUUCGACAGCAAGGUUGCUAAGAAACUGGACCUCAAGAUAAACGAAAUUGACUACUAUGAGCCUUUCCAUGAUGAGCCCGUCACAAUCCCCAACAAGCCCAACAGUGAAGAAGAAAUUGUAGACUUCCUGCACUUACACAAGAGACCAACACUGAGGAAACUUCAGCCUGACAGUAUGUAUGAGACUUGGGAAGACGAUUUGGAUGGAAUUCACAUUGUUGCAUUUGCAGAGGAGGAUGACCCUGAUGGUUAUGAGUUCCUGGAAAUCAUUAAAGAAGUAGCAGAAGACAACACAGAUAACCCUGACCUCAGCAUCAUCUGGAUCGACCCAGAAGAGUUCCCACUGUUGAUUCCAUACUGGGAGGAGACAUUCGGUAUUGACCUGUCCCGACCCCACAUUGGUGUUGUGAAUGUCACAGAUGCCGAUAGUGUUUGGAUGGACAUGGAGGAUGAAGAAGACCUGCCCACAGUAGAUGAACUGGAAGAUUGGAUCGAGGACGUUUUGGAAGGAGAUAUCAACACAGAAGAUGACGACGACGACGAUGAUGACGACGACGAUGAUGAUGACGAUGAUGAUGACGACGAUGAUGAUGACGACGAUGAUGACGACGAUGAUGAUGAUGAUGACGACGAUGAUGAUGACGACGAUGAUGACGAUGAUGAUGAUGAUGAUGAUGAUGAUGAAUAGGCAAUCACUGACAAAGUCGUUAGCAUCUAACUAGUUUAUAUAUAUGUAUACUUCUUUCACAUGUCAAUCAUCUGUCAAUGGAAACAACUUAUUUUUAUAUGAAUUUUAAAAAAAGGUAUUUCCUCAAUAAUCCCAUGGUAUCAACACCUUGUAAAUGUGGAACUCCCAGAUUUUGGAACAUACUCUGAUAUAGGCUAUGGGCUUAUCAAAGCAAAGUCCUCUCUUGAACCAGCCUUUCAGUCCAUUUAUUGGUCACAGUAUCCACUGCUUUUGUCCCUUUUUAAAUCCCAAAGGAACAAACUUCUAUGAAUUUUAAAAAAAAAAACCAUGUGCCCACCACGAAAAAAACUUUUAAAGCCAAUACCAAGAGACUCCAAGACCAAAACAUGUUUCUGUCCAUCAAUGGAGUUUCACUGAGGGCCUAUUACUAAGUUAGGUACAAAAGUGGCAAUAAUUGGCUUCAUUGAUCUACUGUGAGUUAGACCAAUAAAUUAACAGUCAUGGGGUUCAUGCCCAGUGCCAUUUAGCACCUAAUGUUAGUGAAUUUGCCCCAGCAUCUAUAAAAACUAGAGUUGUCUUACUCACAUGUAUUAAUUACAUGCCCCAAGGAACUCAAAGGAGGUACUGAGAUCUGACUCUAGCAUUUUACACAUCUAGUCUUAAAACUUCCCUAAGUGGAAACAUCCUAUUAAGACUUACCAACCAGACAGCCCUGAAGUAUGAGAAGAACUACAUUGUUAGCACAACUAUUAUUUAUUGUGUAGUUUUUUUGUAUCACAAGACAAUGACUUAAUCUCAUUCUCCAUUUUUUCUAAAAUCCAGAAAAAGAAAUGUCAAAACACACAUCACUGACAAUGUCUUAAAUCAUUAUUUCCUUUGCUUAUUCUUUUUUUGGAAACAUACAAAGGAACAUCCCAGAUUCUGAAAUCUAAUGGUACAAAAAAGAAAGAUCGAUAACACCCAAA